UCAUUGCGAAAUUUUCAUCGGUCGGUCAAAAGAGCUGAAAAAAAGAAGAAGAAGCAUAUGGGCGUUUGUAUUAUGUUGACUAAUGAGAUUAGAUAAGAAGAUAGAAUCGGACCCCUCAAAACAAAAACUUCGUCAAUCAUUUCCAUUUGUCUUAACUUCUUCUCUUUUAUUCUUCUAUCUUCUCCGUUUUCACUCUUUUGUCUCUUCUCUUCUUUCCGAAUCCACUUUCCCCUCAAUCAGGAUCCGUCUUCUUAAAUCAACAUCUCUUUUAUUUUUUAUACAUUUUGUUGCUAAAAUAAAAGUGGUGCUCAAUUCAAUAAAAGUGGUGCUAAAUUCAAUAGCUAAUUUGUUCUUUAGGGUUCUACUUCUAUUUUCAUCUAUAUACUAACCUAUUAUUUGAGGUAGUUGAUUGAAUUGAAGCUGCAACAAAAUCUUUUUGAUCUACUUUGCUUCUGGUGAUGGCAUCAGCGGGUGUAGCACCUGCUUCUGGGUUAAUAGAUGUAAAUACAAGUUCAGUUGUUGCUGCUGAUAGGUUACCUGAUGAAAUUCAUGGCAUGAAAAUUAAGGAUGACAAGGAAAUGGAAGCAAAUGUGGUUGAUGGAAAUAGUACCGAAGCAGGACAUGUAAUUGUAACUAUCAUUGGGGGUAAAAAUGGCCAGCCAAAGCAGACAAUAAGCUACAUGGCUGAGCGUGCUGUUGGACAUGGAUCAUUUGGUGUCGUUUUCCAGGCAAAAUGCUUGGAGACAGGUGAAACUGUGGCUAUCAAGAAGGUUCUUCAAGACAAGAGGUACAAGAACCGGGAAUUGCAAACAAUGCGCCUUCUGGAUCACCCCAAUGUUGUUACUUUGAAGCAUUGUUUCUUUUCAACAACCGAAAAAGAUGAGCUCUACCUUAACUUGGUACUUGAGUAUGUUCCUGAGACUGUCUAUCGGGUGAUCAGACACUACAGCAAAAUGAAUCAGAGGAUGCCAUUGAUAUAUGUAAAACUUUAUUUUUACCAGAUAUGUAGAGCACUAGCUUAUAUUCAUAACUGUGUUGGAGUGUCUCAUAGGGACAUAAAACCUCAAAAUUUACUGGUCAAUCCUCACACCCACCAGCUGAAGCUUUGUGACUUUGGGAGUGCAAAAGUCCUGGUCAAAGGUGAACCAAACAUAUCGUACAUCUGUUCUAGGUAUUAUAGAGCUCCUGAGCUUAUAUUUGGGGCAACCGAGUACACCACAGCCAUUGACAUUUGGUCAGCUGGCUGUGUACUUGGAGAACUAUUGCUUGGCCAGCCUCUAUUUCCUGGUGCGAGUGGAGUAGAUCAGCUGGUUGAAAUUAUCAAGGUUUUAGGUACCCCAACAAGAGAAGAAAUAAAGUGUAUGAAUCCUAACUACACCGAGUUCAAAUUCCCACAAAUCAAAGCACAUCCAUGGCAUAAGAUCUUUCGUAAGCGUAUGCCACCAGAAGCUGUGGAUCUCGUCUCAAGACUACUGCAAUACUCUCCUAAUCUUCGAAGCACAGCUUUGGAGGCCCUGGUUCAUCCAUUCUUAGAUGAAUUGCGUGAUCCAAAUACCCGCUUACCAAAUGGGCGUCAUCUUCCACCUUUAUUUAACUUCAAAGCAAAUGAGCUUAAAGGAGUCUCUGCUGAAAUGCUGGUGAAGCUGAUUCCCUUGCAUGCAAGAAAGCAGUGUGCCUUGUUUGUGUCAUAGACUUAGAAUGUUGGUUUAUGUAAAUAUUAUCUAAUCCCUGUCUGUAGAAGUGUAUCUAGUUUGUUUCAGGUUGUUAAUAGUUUUCCCCCUUUGUAAUUUGUUCUAUUAAUUUGUUUGUACGGUUUUACUCCAAGAAAACAACAUCAACUUCCAAUUUGUUAUUUUUGUCACUGCCUGUAGAAAGCUGUUUGAGAAGCUUCUAGUUGAUGUCUCUAUACGAUUUAAUUGUUUUCCUUAUCUUCAACUUUUCAAGGAUUGUAUUAACUAUUAACUAGAUCACCAUCACAAUGUAACCUAGGUAGGGGGUGUUUUAAAGCUUGCUUGGUAUUCGCUCCCUUAAUAAUGAGAAGUUUGACUUCUAA